AUGGACCCGUUCAGUAUAGCUGAGGGCGAUUUCCCGCCGAGGAAGUCCGCGGAGUACUCGAAUCCCCUGAAGCAGCUCACGGAGAUGCUUCGCAAGGACUUCUCUGUCGCCCUCUCGGACGACGAAGACGGCCCCGGCGCCGCGCGGAAGCGCACGACAGACGAGGCGCCUGCGCGCACGUCCGACGACGGCCCGCGGACGUCCCAGGCGGCCACCGAGCGCGAAUUCUGCCAAGUGAGCAGAGCGGAGGGGGAGUCCGGUCGGACGUACGCGACCGAGGUGAUGGAGGCGCCCGAGGACGACGAGGAGAGCGCGGAGGGGUCGUCGCGGCACGACAGGCUCGCGGCGCGGUUUUACGCCGCGAACCGCAACGCGGCGCCGGCGGUGCGGGGCGCGCCCGUGGUGAUCCGCGCGGACUCGAUGAAGCAGGAGAAGGCGACGUCGCCGAGCGCGAUCGGCGUGGUGCGCUCGCGGCUGACCAAGGCCGCGUCCGUCGUCGAGCGGGACGGCCCGGGGUCGCCGCGCUCGCCACGCGUGCAGGGGAAGCUGUUCCGCGCCGCGAGCUGCCGGUACGGCACCGAGGCGCAGAUCAUGCGGUCCAUCUCGAAGAAGUAG